AAUUAUAAUUUAAAAAUAUCAUUUAAAAUAUGAAUGUGUACAGAUCCCACUAACUGUUUUUCUGAUACCCAUCACAGUCAACAAACUCCCCAAUCGUUUUGUUAUUCAUUCCCAUUGUCACAGCUUGGAGAUGACCUUUCUCUCUCCUCUCUCUGUCGCUCUCGCUCUGUUUUUCUUCGCUCAGUGACGGUGACAAGCUGUUGCUCUGUCCCCCUUGGCAACUCCCUCUCUUUCCCCUCCCUCCCUCUCUCUCUCUCUCCACCUGUUGAUGCCAUUGUUGCUCAGCCAGCAUUGUCUUUUAUUUUUUUACUCUCUACUCAUUUUACACACCCCUCUUUUAUUCUUCCACUUUCUCACUUUUUUCAUCACCAGUCACUCGAGGACGUAUAAAAGAGGGAACAGGAGAGAAGACGGGGAGUGAGAAAACUCUUCUCACACACUUUAAACGUCUUGGCUAUCGGAUCAUAACUGUUGGUGGGAGUGAUGUCUGUGUCUCUGUGGUGUGAAGAAGAAGAGGUCCAGGACAGGACUCAUGGUCGGGAGUCUUCAGUCAGAGCCCCCUGGGACCCAAGCGCCUCUGGACUGAGGGUCAUACAGAGACUUCUGCAGUCAGAGGGAAGAUAUCUGCCCUCUCCACUUUAUACCUCGCUCAUCCAGAGAGAACCUCACCGCAGAGAGGAGUUAGCCAAGUGGACCAUGGAGGUGUGUUGUGAAUGUGAUUGUGAUGAAUCUGUAUUCCCUCUGGCCGUCUCGCUGUUGGAUCGAUAUCUGUCUGCCACUCUAUCCCUGCCCGUCUCGCCAACCUGUCUGGCUGCAGCUUGUAUCCUGGUGGCCUCCAAACUUACAGAAUGUGACACAGUUAGUGCAGAUACCCUGUGUGCGGCAGCUGAGUACGACUUUAUGUCAUCCAACCUCCGGGAAAUGGAGCGUGUUGUCCUAGCCACCCUGCGAUGGGAUGUGGCAGCAGUGACUCCUCAGGACUUUAUCCCACACUUCCUGCUCACUCUCGGGGAACUCAAGGAUGGCGACACACAUACAGGAGACUUUCUCACAACCCUGCGACGCCACAGCGACACACUUGUUGCCAUGUGUGUGUGUGACUCUCGUUUUCUGGGAACACCUCCGUCUCUGGUAGCGGCAGCAGCACUGAACUCUGCCCUUCGGGGGUUAAGGAUCAAGACUGCACUGGAACUGAGUGUUAUGACCUCUGCACUGGCCACGCUCUGUCAGACUGAUGUGGCCGUGUUACAGUGCUGCACUGAGCUGAUAGAGGGAGCUCUGAGAGAGAGGCUGAGAAAUGGGCCUCAGGAAGGAAAAGAUGGUGAUAUUGAAGAUGAAAGAGCCAGCACUCCCACUGACCUAAGAGAAAUAGACUUUUAAAACAGGGUUAAUUUAUGAGUAAUAUUUAUUAUGACUGUUUUUCUGGAGUCUGCAUUUUAUUUAUCAGUCAAACUGAGUUGAAUAAUGUGACAUUUGUGUUGUCUUAAGUAACUUUUGAAGUGUUCUAAUUUAUUUUUAUUUAUUUGUUUGAGGGAUUGAGAUUUACUUGUGCCAUAUUUAUUACUUAUUUUUUUGCCAUAACUGUAAUUGUGAUUUUUCAAAAUGUAUUUCAGGUUAACCUUGUGUGUUACAUUUUAUUUACAUUUCACUUUUAAUAGUCAAUUUAUUAUAAUAUUAUUUAUUGUGUGCAAUUUGUUUAUGUUUAAUU